AUGACAAAACACUGUCCACAUUACACCCGCUCUGGUCCACAUUACACCCGCUCUGGUCCACAUUACACCCGCACUGGUCCACAUUACACCCGCUCUGGUCCACAUUUCACUCACUCUGGUCCACAUUACACCCGCUCUGGAGCACAUUACACCCGCACUGGUCCACAUUACACCCGCUCUGGUCCACAUUACACCCGCUCUGGUCCAAAUUACACCCGCUCUGGUCCACAUUACACCCGCUCUGGUCCACAUUACACCCGCUCUGGUCCACAUUACACCCGCUCUGGUCCACAUUACACCCGCUCUGGUCCACAUUACACCCGCACUGGUCUACAUUACACCCGCACUGGUCCACAUUACACCCGCUCUGGUCCACAUUACACCCGCUCUGGUCCACAUUACACCCGCUCUGGUCCACAUUACACCCGCACUGGUCCACAUUACACCCGCUCUGGUCCACAUUUCACUCACUCUGGUCCACAUUACAUCCGCUCUGGAGCACAUUACACCCGCACUGGUCCACAUUACACCCGCUCUGGUCCACAUUACACCCGCUCUGGUCCAAAUUACACCCGCUCUGGUCCACAUUACACCCGCUCUGGUCCACAUUACACCCGCUCUGGUCCACAUUACACCCGCUCUGGUCCACAUUACACCCGCUCUGGUCCACAUUACACCCGCUCUGGUCCACAUUACACCCGCACUGGUCCACAUUACACCCGCACUGGUCCACAUUACACCCGCUCUGGUCCACAUUACACCCGCUCUGGUCCACAUUACACCCGCUCUGGUCCACAUUACACCCGCUCUGGUCCACAUUACACCCGCACUGGUCCACAUUACACCCGCACUGGUCCACAUUACACCCGCUCUGGUCCACAUUACACCCGCUCUGGUCCACAUUACACCCGCUCUGGUCCACAUCACACCCGCUCUGGUCCACAUCACACCCGCUCUGGUCCACAUUACACCCGCACUGGUUCACAUUACACCCGCUCUGGUCCACAUUACACCCGCUCUGGUCCACAUUACAUUCACUUUGGUCCACAUUACACCCGCUCUGGUUCACAUUACACCCGCACUGGUCCACAUUACAUUCACUUUGGUCCACAUUACACUCGCUCUGGUCCACAUUACACCCGCUCUGGUCCACAUUUCACUCGCUCUGGUCCACAUUACACCCGCUCUGGUCCACAUUACACCCGCUCUGGUCCACAUUUCACUCACUCUGGUCCACAUUACACCCGCUCUGGAGCACAUUACACCCGCUCUGGUCCACAUUACACCCGCUCUGGUCCACAUUACACCCGCUCUGGUCCACAUUACACCCGCUCUGGUCCACAUUACACCGGCUCUGGUCCACAUUACACCCGCUCUGGUCCACAUUACAUUCACUUUGGUCCACAUUACACCCGCUCUGGUCCACAUUACAUUCACUUUGGUCCACAUCACACCCGCUCUGGUCCACAUUACACCCGCUCUGGUCCACAUUACACCCGCUCUGGUCCACAUUACACCCGCUCUGGUCCACAUUACACCGGCUCUGGUCCACAUUACACCCGCUCUGGUCCACAUUACAUUCACUUUGGUCCACAUUACACCCGCUCUGGUCCACAUUACACUCGCUCUGGUCCACAUUACAUUCACUUUGGUCCACAUUACACCCGCUCUGGUUCACAUUACUAUCGUGGGCAUUUGUGGACCUUCAUAGUGGAAGUAAAAAACACAACUGAAUAA